GCAGCUUCCGAGGCUCCAUAGCUGUCCCGCGCAUCCCGAAGCCCGAACCUCAGGUGUUCUUGUCGUUACCUAAUUCCCGUCCCAAUGUUGCCAGCGGAUCCGGGUUUGUAGAUUCAUUCCAUGCCAUUAUUCCUCAACCGCGACCGGGAGGUAGUGUAAAAAUGACCGGAACGUCGCGCCUGCCCGUGAGCCUCAGAGAAGGCUUCAACAGUGUCAGGAAAAGGUCCCAGGCCAGCAAUCCGCUGGCCAUGCUGAACAUGGAUCUAAUACGAAACAUCGUCUUCUUCCUAUUUCUUCUCCGAUGGACGCGCCGGGUGCUGUGGAAGCUCAAAGGCCGCGGCCUGCUGGGCACUCUGAUCGAGGCCUACGUCGACGUGCGCCGCCUACUAUACGGCUGGUUCCUGGGGAUGCCCGGCGUGCGGACGCAGGUGCGCAAGCAGGUAGAUGAGGCCAUCUCCAAACUGCAGACGAAGUUGGUCCCAGCAAAUGCCACGCGGUACUUGACUCUGCCCAAAGAAGGCUUGGCCGAGGAUGCCCUGCGCAAGGAGCUCCAUGCGUUGGCCAGCAUGGACCACACGCGCUGGGAGGAUGGCUAUGUCUCGGGUGCCGUCUACCACGGAGAGGAGGACUUGCUGAGGUUACAGACUGAGGCAUAUGGCAAGUUUACCGUGGCGAAUCCGAUUCACCCGGAUGUAUUUCCCGGUGUGAGAAAGAUGGAGGCAGAGGUUGUGGCCAUGGUGCUUAGCCUGUUCAAUGCACCGCCCGGCGCCGCCGGCGUGACCACCAGCGGCGGCACCGAGAGUAUCCUGAUGGCUUGCCUGAGCGCGCGGCAAAAAGCCUACGUGGAGCGAGGCGUCACAGAACCGGAGAUGAUCCUACCCGAAACCGCGCACACAGCCUUCCGCAAAGCAGGCGAAUACUUCAAAAUCAAAAUCCACAUGGUCUCCUGCCCCGCCCCAUCCUACCAAGUCGACAUCCGGCGCGUAGCACGCCUGAUCAACAGCAACACGGUCCUCCUCGUUGGCUCCGCCCCGAACUUCCCGCACGGCAUCAUAGACGACAUCUCCGCGCUCUCCAAACUCGCCCUCAAAAGACGCAUCCCCCUCCACGUAGACUGCUGCCUAGGCUCCUUCCUGGUCCCCUUCCUCGACAAAGCCGGGUUCGAAACCGUCCCCUUCGACUUCCGCCUCAAAGGCGUCACCUCCAUCUCAUGCGACACCCACAAAUACGGCUUCGCGCCCAAGGGCAACAGCACGGUGCUGUACCGCAAUCAAUCUCUGCGUUCCUACCAGUACUUCAUCGACCCCUCCUGGUCCGGCGGCGUGUACGCCUCCCCCGGCAUGGCCGGGUCCCGCCCGGGCGCUUUGAUCGCCGCGUGCUGGACGAGUCUGAUGUCCGUCGGCGAAGCAGGGUAUUUGGCUGCCUGCACGGAGAUUGUUGGCACAACGAAGAAACUCAUGGACCGCAUCCGUACCUCCCCGGCGCUCAACGGCGAGCUGGAGAUCCUGGGCAACCCCCUCGUCAGCGUCAUCGCCUUCCGCGCGACGACGCUGAAUGUCUAUGAUCUGGCUGACGCCAUGACGGCCAAGGGAUGGCAUCUUAAUGCGCUGCAGAACCCGCCCGCGCUGCAUGUUGCUGUUACCCUGCCGCUUGUGAAGGUGUGGGAGCGGCUUGCGGCGGAUUUGGAGAGUGCGGUAGAGGCGGAGCGCGAAAAGGAACGCGCCCGUCUUGUGGAGGGGAAGAAGGCCAAGGGCCAGGCGCCGGGGGACGCGGCGGCGCUGUAUGGUGUUGCGGGGAGCUUGCCGAAUAAGAGUGUGGUGGUGGAUUUGGCGAAGGGGUUUUUGGAUUUGUUGUACAAGGCGUGAUU